GUGUGCGUUUUUAUAAGCAUUUCGAGACAUCCUCCAAUUUACUUUUGGCCUAAAUUCAGUAUUACUUAUCAUGUAUCGUGGAUUUCUAUGAUCGUAUGAUUGUGUUAGUGCAUUCGUGGAACUGGGAUCGGUCGGGGACGAUGUAAGGUGCGCUCCCUGCGGUCAAAUUGCAAUGAUUCUAUGAUAAAAAACCGAUAUUCAUGGUCGCGUUGGCAGGGCUGUGAGGGGUGUGAAGGGGUGCGAGGGGUGCGGGUGUGAUGCUCCACCAUGUGGACGGAGUGGCGCUGGCUCGUGGUGACGCUGAACGCUGUGGCCGCACUCUCCCCUGUCAUUAAGAUUGGCGCGAUAUUCACGGAGGAGGCUCGCGGCGGCAGCGCGGAGCUGGCGUUCAAGUACGCGGUGUACCGCAUCAACAAGGAGCGGAGUGUGCUGCCGGACACCACGCUGGUGUACGACAUACAGUACACCACACCCCGGGACACCUUCCGCUCGUAUAAGAAAGCGUGCACGCAGAUCAAGUCGGGCGCGAUCGCCAUCUUCAACAGCGCGGGCCCGCUGCUGGACGUGACGCUGGCGGCGAUGUGCCGCUCGCUGCACGCGCCGCACUUCACUGUCGCACCGUACUUCAUCGACGCUGUGAACUCUUCAGACACGUUCACGGUAAACCUGUACCCGGCCAGGGACGUCCUCGACCGAGCCUUCGCCGACCUCACAGCCUACCUCAACUGGACUAAGAUGGGAAUUAUUUACGAGGACUAUGGUGCUGGUGAACUGAACAUAGUGAAGCUGGGUAGCGACGGCCGCAACAUGUACGCGGUGCGUUGCGCGUCCCACGAGUACCGACGAGCACUCUCACAACUGAAGGCGCAGAGGAUCACGCAUAUCAUAGUUGAUACUGAUCCUAAGCACUUACGAAUACUAGCUAGAGCUAUUCUCCAAUUGCAGAUGAACAAUGAAAACUAUCAUUAUAUUUUUACAUCUUUUGAUAUGGAACUUUUUGAUCUAGAAGACUUUUUCUACAACCGCGUCAACAUGAGCGGCUGGAGACUGGUAGAUAGAGACUCAGAUAAAGUUAAAGACUCGCUUCAAGUUAUGGAGAAGUUUCAUCCUAUAGGGGCUUCUAUUUUAAGCGGAGGUCAUAUUAAGACUGAGCCAGCGCUGGUAUACGACGCGGUGCAAGUGCUGGCGUUGGCGCUGGGCUCAACGCCCGACAUGCGCGCACACAACGUCAGCUGCGACGCCGACGCCAGGAUCGCGCACGGACAGACACUCAUUGAGAAUAUCAAUAAGGUUCAAGCACACGGCCUGACUGGUCCCAUAGCUUUCAACGAGGGUGUCCGAACCUCGUUCCACCUGCAGCUGAUGCGGCUGGAGGGGGGAGAGAACGGUGGUGCUGUUCUGGCGGGCACCUGGACUCCUGACGACGGGCUGGUGGUGACAGACCCAGCUGCGUAUAGACGAGAUCCCCCACCAAAUGUUACCCUCACUGUGGUUACCGUUGAGGAGAAACCAUACGUGAUGGUAAAGGAAGGCUGGAAUUUGCAAGGCAAUGCUCGUUUCGAGGGUUUCUGUAUCGACCUGCUGGCUCGUGUAGCGGCGCGGGCGGGCUUUCACUACCGACUGCGACUGGUGCCUGACAACAUGUACGGUGCCAGGGACCCUGAUUCGGGGGAAUGGAAUGGGAUUGUGAGAGAGCUGAUGGAUAGGAAAGCAGACAUAGCAGUUGCAUCGAUGACCAUCAACUACGCUAGAGAAGCUGUUAUUGAUUUCACAAAGCCUUUCAUGAAUUUGGGAAUUGGGAUAUUGUUUAAGGUUCCAUCAUCACAACCAACGAGGCUGUUCAGCUUCCUCAACCCGCUGGCGAUUGAGAUCUGGCUGUACGUGAUGGCUGCAUACAUCCUCGUGUCCUUCACCCUGUUCGUCAUGGCGCGUUUCUCUCCUUACGAAUGGUCAUCGGGCACCCACGUGUGCGGUCACGAGAUGAAGCUGCUGACGAACCAGUUCAACAUGUGCAACUCCUUCUGGUUCAUCACCGGCACCUUCCUGCGACAGGGCUCGGGGUUGAAUCCAAAGGCAACCUCAACCAGGAUAGUGGGUGGUAUCUGGUGGUUCUUCACUCUGAUCAUCCUGUCGUCGUACACCGCCAACCUGGCCGCCUUUCUCACGGUGGAGCGGACGGUCCUGCCCAUACAGAGCGCAGCGGACCUGGCCGCUCAGACCAAUGUCCAGUACGGGACGCUCAAUGGAGGUUCCACUAUGACGUUCUUUAGGGAUUCGAACAUAGAUAUCUACCAGAAGAUGUGGCAGUACAUGUCGACGGCGAGCCCGCCGGCGCUGGUGUCGUCAUACGAGGAGGGGGUGAAGCGAGUGCUGGGGGGCAAUUACGCGUUCCUUAUGGAGUCCACCAUGCUAGACCAUAGGGUGCAGAGAGACUGUAAUCUGACGCAGAUAGGAGGACUGCUGGAUUCUAAGGGGUACGGGAUAGCGACGUGGAAGGGCAGUCCGUGGCGGGACAAGAUCUCGCUGGCCAUCCUCGAGCUGCAGGAGAAGGGCGUUAUCCAGAUCCUGUACGACAAGUGGUGGAAGAACACAGGGGACGUCUGCAACAGGGACGGGAAAGACAGCAAGGCCAAUCCGCUGGGUGUUCAGAAUAUUGGUGGUGUGUUCGUAACACUGCUCUGCGGGCUGGUGCUGGCGAUAGUGGUGGCUAUCCUGGAGUUCUGCUGGAACACCCGGAAGAACGCCUCGCAGGGCAGACAGUCACUCUGCAGCGAGAUGGGACAGGAGCUGCGUACGGCGAUGCGGGGCGGGUCGUCGCGCACGGUGCUGCGGGCGGGCUGCUCGCGGUGUUCGCCCGCCACGCACGUGCCGCCCGGACCCUCCAGCUACGAGGCGGAGGCAUCAAGUACGGUGGAGCUGAAGGAGCUGCGGUGGUCGUAGCGCGGGGCGCGGCGC